CUUUAAGAGGCUCGGAGGGGGCGUGCCGGGGAGUGCGUGUCUCGUCUGCCUGCCGGCUUCGCUCGUGCACGGUGACCGUGGCGGCGGCGGCUGCGACACCAGCCCAGCGGAGGCCGGCGGAGCAGAGGAGCAUUCCGGCGUCCGGGUCCCAAGCGGCGUGGCCCGCGGGUCAUGGCCAAAGGAGAGGGCGCCGAGAGCAGCUCCGCGGCGGGGCUACUGCCCACGGGCAUCCUCCAAGCCAGUGAACGCCCUGCCCAGGCGAAGAAGGAACCAAAGAAGAAACAACAGUUGUCAAUUUGCAACAAGCUUUGCUAUGCAGUUGGGGGAGCCCCAUACCAGGUGACGGGCUGUGCCCUGGGGUUCUUCCUGCAGAUCUACCUAUUGGAUGUGGCUCAGGUGGACACUUUCUCUGCUUCCAUCAUCCUGUUUGUAGGCCGAGCCUGGGAUGCCUUCACGGACCCUCUGGUGGGCUUCUGCAUUAGCAAAUCCUCCUGGACCCGCCUGGGCCGCCUCAUGCCCUGGAUCAUCUUCUCAACUCCCCUGGCCAUCAUCGCCUACUUCCUCAUCUGGUUUGUGCCCGACUUCCCACGGGGCCAGGCCCUUUGGUACCUGCUUUUCUAUUGCCUGUUUGAGACACUGGUCACGUGUUUCCACGUUCCCUACUCAGCCCUCACCAUGUUCAUCAGCACAGAGCAGAGCGAGCGGGAUUCUGCCACUGCCUAUCGAAUGACUGUGGAGGUGCUGGGCACAGUGCUGGGUACAGCGAUCCAGGGGCAAAUUGUGGGCCAAGCGGAUACGCCUUGCCUCCAGGACCCUAAUGGCUCUGCAGUGGCUCUGGAAAGUGCCAAUCACACAUACAGUACCACCUCACUCAGAAAAACGCAAAAUGCAUACCUGCUGGCAGCUGGUGUCAUCGCCUCCAUCUAUGUCAUUUGUGCUGUCAUCCUGACUGUGGGUGUGCGGGAGCAGAGAGAACCCUAUGAGACACAGCAGGCUGAGCCGAUGCCCUUCUUCCGGAGCCUCCGGCAGGUCAUGAGCCAUGGCCCAUACAUCAAGCUCAUUGCCGGCUUCCUCUUCACUUCCCUGGCUUUCAUGCUGGUGGAGGGGAACUUCGCCUUGUUUUGCACCUACACCUUGGGCUUCCGCAACGAAUUCCAGAAUCUACUCCUGGCCAUCAUGCUCUCAGCCACAUUCACCAUCCCCAUCUGGCAGUGGUUCCUAACCCGGUUUGGCAAGAAGACAGCUGUGUACAUUGGGAUCUCAUCAGCAGUGCCAUUUCUCAUCUUGGUGGCCCUCAUGGAGAGCAACCUAAUCGUCACGUAUGUGGUAGCUGUGGCAGCUGGCAUCAGUGUGGCAGCUGCCUUCUUACUACCUUGGUCUAUGCUGCCCGAUGUCAUUGAUGACUUCCACCUGAAGCACCCCCACUCCCAUGGAACUGAGCCCAUCUUCUUCUCCUUCUAUGUCUUCUUCACCAAGUUCGCCUCUGGAGUCUCCCUGGGUAUCUCCACCCUCAGUCUCGACUUUGCCGGGUACCAGACUGGGGGCUGCUCCCAGCCAGCACGUGUCAAGUUCACGCUGAAGAUGCUAGUGACCAUGACUCCCAUCGUCCUCAUCCUGCUGGGCCUGCUGCUCUUCAAGCUGUACCCCAUUGAUGAAGAGAAGCGGCGGCAGAAUAAGAAGGCCCUGCAGGCUUUGAGGGAUGAAGCCAGCAGCUCGGGGUGCUCUGACACAGACUCCACAGAGCUGGCCAGCAUCCUCUAGGGCCUGCUGUGUGGCCCGAAGCCACAAUACAGAGGGCCUGGGUCACCAGGCAACAUGAGGGAUCAGGACCUGUUUGCCCACUCACCGAACAGCUGCUCUCCAGUUGCCAGGAGGGGGAGCGAAAACCUGAGAGUAAGUGGCCCAGGACACCUGUGCUCACUGUGGGGCUGGCAGCUCUACUGCCUCCUGCAUCCCCUCUGCCCACCCAUGGGGCUGAGCCCUGGGGCUGCUACUGUGAAUAUGCCAAGGACUGAUCAGGCCUAGCCUGGACACUAAUGUAGAAACGUUUUAUACAGAGACUAAUUAAUAACUUAAUGACUGUGUACAUAGAAAUGUGUGUGUAUGUAUAUUCCUGUGAACUAUUAAUGUUAUUAAUUUUCAUAAAAACUGGAAAAUGGACCUGCCUGUUUC